GAAAAGAGGGGGAAAUAAUGGGCCUGAUAUUUGUUUGUGUAGAUGGAUGUCGGUCCGGGUGAGGAGCUGAGUUUUGUGAGGAGCUGAUAAGGACAAGAGUGCAGUCAAGAGAGAGAGCAGGUUGGAGAAUUCGCAGCCCAGAAUCCGACGAGAUCCCGCGAGCGAUCGAAGCCCUCGGCCAUCGUUCGCUUCCGGGGCACACACACGUACUCGAUCCCCAUUAGCUGCUCACGACCAACUAAAAAAGAAACAUAUCUUACGAGAAUUAAUGUACUCACGACCGGGGCAGGCAGUAAAGAUCUCCUCCCCUUCUGCCCGAUCGUCAUCGUCAGCAGAAACCUUGCCAACAAGCAGUCCGAUCUGGCCCGACGUGUCCGGUGCCAAGUCGUCAUGCCAGAGGUCGACCACGCAGCCUCUGCACACGUCGGAUCGGACGGAGAAGAUCUCAUCUGCAGCUCGCGGAGCGCGGCGACAUGUGUUCUCCUCUGCGUCUUCGGAAGAAUGUUUUGGAGUUCCCUUUGUCUGCACGAGAAUGAUCGAAACAAGAGCUUCCAGAUUCCGCUCAAGCUGAUCUCCACACACUGCCAACAUUGCGGCUGCACCGAUUGCCGGUGCAAGAAUGCAACACGAGUGGGGCGGUGAGUGAUUGAGUGAUUGUGUGAGUGAAGGGAGCUAGCUCGUGGAGGUCAAGAGAAGAAGGGCCGGAAGCUUAGACGCAGGCGACGACGUUGUUGUUCUUGGAGCUGCGAAUUCGUGCCGGUGGUACAGAGCAUCCUGUCAUGGAUGAGUGACAAGAAAAUAGGCAAGCGAGAAGACAUGCUGGUACCGCGUACGCCAGCAAGCCAAGAAUUCAGUUCAAGAAAGUCGCACGCACCAAGGACCGCCCGACGUGACGUACGCCAGGACAACAGACAUUGUGCUCCACUCACCAAGAACUGAGAAGAAGCUCGAACAUUUUCCCAAACCAUUCCGAGAGCAGAGCAGAUCAGAGCAGGAGCAUGGCGCUGCGCACCCCUACGCAAUUUGCAGUGUCCACGACUUCAGCCUUGCGGCAAAUAAGUCCUUGGCCAACACGCGCUGCAUCGUCAAUUCGACCACGGCUGCACAAAUUCCGCUAUCCCGGACUAUAUGCAUUCGGUAUCCAGAGAGGAGGUGUGAGCAAGGCGAAGACUUCGGCGGAUGUUGUUGAAAAAUCUGAUUCUUCAGCAGGAACGAGUCCAGAAAGCAUAGUACCUGCAGCCGGACCUCACCACGAGAAGGAAACGAAGGAAGCACGAGUGUUAGGAGAAAAUGGCCACACAAGAUCAACAGAAUUCUCGGUGUAUCCAGCAUGGGCUAGAUCUGUUAGUGAGGUUGCACAACAGUAUGAAGCUGACAUUAAGGCUGGGCUCACACAACUGGCUGUGGAGAAGAAGAGAUCUUUGUUUGGAUGGAACGAACUAGAUAAACCAGACCAAAAGCCAUUGUGGAAACUUGUGCUGGAGCAGUUUCAAGAUCCACUUGUUCAGAUUUUGCUGGCUGCUGCUGGUGUUUCGUUUGUUCUUGCCUUCACGGAAGGUGACAAUGUGGAGACUGGUCUUCAAGCUUUCACUGAGCCUCUAGUCAUAUUGGCUAUCAUUAUUCUGAACUCGGUGAUUGGCGUAUGGCAAGAAAGUAAAGCUGAAAAUUCUCUUCAAGCUUUGAAGGACUUGCAGAGUGACAACACCAGAGUGUUGCGUGGUGGUAAGGAGAUUCCGGAUUUGCCUGCUAGAGAGUUGGUACCAGGGGAUGUAGUGAAGCUUAGGGCAGGAGAUAGAGUAUCUGCUGACAUGCGAAUUAUACAGCUAAAUUCUGGAACAGUUCGAAUACAGCAAGCUUCGUUAACUGGUGAAAGCUCACCGGUCUUGAAGCAAAUAGAUGCAGUAGGCGACGAGGAGAUCGAGCUUCAAGGAAAAGAAAAUAUGGUUUUUGCAGGAACGACAGUUACCAAUGGAUCAUGUGCUUGCAUUGUUACAUCUACGGGGAUGUUAACAGAGAUAGGGAAGAUUCAGUCACAGAUUCUGGAUGCGAGUCUUGAAACUUAUGAUACACCACUUACACGAAAGCUCGACGAAUUUGCUAGUACCCUCACUAAAGUCGUAGGUGGAGUUUGCGUGCUAGUGUGGCUCGUUAACUACAAGUACUUUGUAUCCUGGGAAACAGUCAAUGGGUUUCCAACCAGUAUCACUUUCAACUUCGAGCAGGCUAUAUACUACUUCAAGGUUGCAGUGGCACUUGCAGUGGCAGCAAUACCUGAAGGUCUUCCUGCUGUUGUCACAACGUGUUUAGCUCUUGGUACACGGCGUAUGGCGCAGGAGAAUGCUAUCGUGCGGAAAUUGCCCUCAGUGGAGACACUAGGCUGCACGAGUGUCAUAUGUUCAGACAAAACAGGCACAUUAACAACAAACCAAAUGUCGGUUGUUAGGAUCGCUACCAUGGAUUCAGUUGAUCACGUGCGAUCGUAUGAAGUCACCGGAACAACUUAUGAUCCCGAUGACGGUGAGGUUAAAGGAAUACCAGAAUCUCUGGAUGCAAAUCUACGAUGUCUGGGGGAAAUUUGCUCUCUCUGUAAUGAGGCUGGUAUACAACUCAAGAAUGGCAGUUACUGUGCCGUCGGGAUGCCAACUGAAGCAGCCUUGUUGGUACUCGUUGAAAAGUUGAACGUUCCAGACAAGGAACUCCGGAAGAAGAUUAAAGCAGCGAGACUGGCAAAAGUCGAGACCGAAGUCCUUGGUGCUUGUAAGUACUGGGGCCAAAACGUUUCGUCCCUUGCUACCUUGGAGUUUGAUCGUUCUAGAAAGUCAAUGAGUGUUCUGGUGAAGGAGAACCUUGGUACAGAGGGCAGUAAGAAUAAGCUGCUUGUCAAGGGAGCUGCAGAAUGCAUUUUGGAAAGAUGUUCGAGCGUUCAGCUAAAAGAUGGAACAGUUGUCCCUUUAACUCCGAGUUCCCGAGAGUUCAUUAUGGCAAGUGUUGAUACCAUGGCGAGCAAAGGGUUGCGUGUUCUCGCGUGUGCUUUCAAGACGGAGCUUGGAGUUUUCCAAGACUAUGAUGGAUCAUCGCAUCCCUCGCACCAAAUGCUCCUGGAACCUGAAAAUUAUUUCAACAUUGAGAGUCAGUUGACAUUUGUUGCCCUAUCCGGGCUGCAGGAUCCUCCCCGAAAAGAAGUGAAGUCGGCAAUCGAAAAUUGCCGGAAGGCGGGGAUUAGAGUCGUUGUCAUUACUGGAGAUAACAAAACCACUGCAGAGGCAAUAUGUAGAGAAGUUGGAAUCUUUGAAGCUGAUGAAGAUCUGAAGGAAAGAUCUUUAGCCGGCAGAGAGUUCAUGAGGUUGUCUCAGACCGAUAGGCGAUCACUCCUCUUAGGUGCAUGUAAAGGGAAUUUCGUUGUAUCGCGUGCAGAGCCUAUCCAUAAACAGGAAAUAGUCCGAGUUCUGCAAAGCGGAGGAGAAGUCGUUGCAAUGACAGGAGAUGGUGUGAAUGAUGCCCCUGCUUUGAAACUUGCUGAUAUUGGAGUUGCCAUGGGAAUCACCGGAACCGAGGUUGCGAAGGAGGCGUGCGACAUGGUUUUGGCUGACGACAACUUUGCCACCAUCGUUUUGGCCGUGAAAGAAGGGAGGUCUAUAUAUGAUAACAUGAAGGCCUUCAUUCGUUAUCUCAUCUCUUCCAACAUUGGAGAAGUGGUUUCCAUCUUCUUGACUGCUCUACUUGGAUUCCCUCAAGGACUGAUCCCGGUGCAGUUGCUGUGGGUUAAUCUUGUAACCGAUGGAGCUCCAGCCACUGCUCUCGGUUUCAACGAACCCGACAAAGGUAUUAUGGAGAGGGCGCCUCGACCUUCAGAUGAGUCUCUUGUCGGCAACUGGACGUUCUUUCGUUUCCUGACAAUCGGGACUUACGUCGGAGUUGCAACCACAGGAAUAUUUGUAUUGUGGUAUUUGAAUAAUACCACUUUUUUGGGAAUAGACAUGUCAAGAGAUGGCCAUACAGCUGUAACAUUGAGUCAGUUAAGCCAUUGGGGUGAGUGCCCGCUCUGGCCAGAUUUCUCAGUGACCCCUUAUACUGCCGGUUCUCAUACGUAUGACUUCGCCAACGCCUGUGAUUAUUUUGCUGCGGGUAAAGUGAAGGCUUCCACAUUAUCUAUGUCAGCUUUAGUGGUCAUGGAAAUGCUCAAUGCCCUGAACGCACUGUCUGAGAACAACAGCUUACUCACCGUGCCACCAUGGGCAAAUAAAUGGCUGUUAGUGGCCAUCGGAGUGUCCAUGGGACUGCAUUUCACAAUUUUGUACAAUCCCUGGUUAGCAGAUGUUUUCGGGGUUGUUCCGCUCAGCGUUGAAGAGUGGUUGGUAGUGUUAGUAGUUUCACUGCCUAUUAUUCCGAUAGACGAAGCCCUCAAAAUGUGGGGUCGGAGUCACAGAAAAUCGGGAAGUUUAAAGCCUUGAUUCCUUGAGUACAACAGCUGUGUAAAUGUGUAAAGUACCCUAGAAAAUGAAGUAGACAAUUCAAGUAGACGAUUAAGGAGAUGACCACAAUUGUAAAUUCACGUUCACAUUUUUAACCUGAUGAAUGUGGAUGAAAAAUUCCAAGCACAGUGAUUUGGAAAAUCAAUUUUGUUUAACGUUCUUUCCUUCUGCU